GUGGAUCUUUGAAGAAAAAGACAACCGUUGUGAAAAGAGAGAAUUCACUUACGCCUCAGGGGGUCAGAGGCAUGGCGGACGAAGACUAUCCCCGUCUAAAUUCGAUCACUCACGUCAAAUUCGAAUCUCCUCACAAGAACAGCAUUGGUCAUGUCGGCUGGGAUAAAUCAAAAUUCAAAAGGAAGAGUAUAACGCACGAAGACGAUGAACCCGCAUUUGUACCCGACAGUGACGACGAAGACAAUGACUCGGACGAUUCCAUUCACAUUUCCCAGAAUGAAAAAUCAGAAGUUGUCUUUGACUUCUCUACGGAGAAGGCUAGACGCUGGACCGACGCAAUCAAUCUGCCGGAUAAUAUGUUCAAUGGAGCAGAGCAUGAUCUUUACGUUAGACUUUCGAUGCGUGGCUUCGAGCCCGUUCUCCCUAGUCAUUGGAAAUUCGACUUCCCAACGCUCCCAGUCUCCUUAUUUCCCGACCCGACACUAGGCUUCGAACCUAUGCUACAGAUAUUUGCCUCUGAGUUCUAUGCAAUCAAGUCACUGGGCACCCUGUUCAGCCUUGGAGGGCGUGUUAGGGACUGCAAGAUCUUGCGGAAGAAACCCGAACCCCUGAUAAGGCAUGCUAUCAAAGGCUAUAUAAAAUGGGCCAUGCGCGAUGCCAGAGUCUGUAUUUCCAAGGAUGCGAUCCCUCUUCAUGCUAUUUACGCUCAGCGAGAGGGCAUCAUGGAGACCUUGAAGAGACUCGACCGACGCCUGCGUCAGCUUGUCGGACGAUAUCAGAAUGCUCUGGAUGCCAAUAGUUCCUCUCGCUGGCUGUCCCAUCGAAAUUAUCCCAUUCUUAUCGGAUUCAUCGUCUCUGGUCCCACUGUUGUCAUCCUAACUCGUAAUUCGGACCCGACCGCGAGCGAAAGUUCGGACAGCACCUUUAUGUGUCAGUUUGAUCUGGGAGAAAGAGGUCAGGAUGUGUGGAACUCUCUUGCAAUUGCAAUCACGGUCAUGCAUAUCCGUAGGACCAUGAUGCAACUAGCAGAGGAUGAAGUGGCUGGGUAUAGAAAGCUUAUGGAGGGAGAGAAGCUGGAUACAGGACCGGAUAUAGACCGUUGA